AUGUCCACUCGUCCGUCUGUAUUCGUGUUUCCUAGUCCGCCUAAAGACACCAGCAGCGAAACGACACCAAAGAGGGAUAGUGGUGUUCUGGGCACUAGCUCUGAAGCAAACCCCUUCAUCGGUCCCAGUGUUUCCCCUGAUCAUCCACCGGCGCCCGUUCCAUUCUCAGAUGUUGAAGUUAUCCGUCGACCGUUCGAUCCUACUCUUCAUGAUGAGCUCUCCGUAUCUGAAGGAGAUCGCGUUCAUGUAGUGAAGGUCUUUGAUGACGGGUGGGCCUUGGUGCAGAAGAUUCCGGCCGAUUCCCUGUCUGGCAAAGGAAAGCAGGUGCUUCCGCAGGCUGGAUUGGUCCCCAUUGAUUGUUUCAGAGAGUCAUGGCAGCCCCUUCCUUCAUUUUUGGCGGACAAGGGAGUAGGCGGCUAUUCGGAGACUGGUGUUGCUCUUUGA